GAGCUUCCUUUUGCGCCUCUGACAAAAUCUCACAUUAUACACUGCUCAUACCACAACUGGUAUCCCAAAUACCGCGCUGUAUCCCCCAAAGCUCGCCUCAUUCCUCUUACUCGCCCUUUCCUCGACUAUCUCCGUGCAGACGGCAUUGUAAUUCCUCCGGAUGAGGACGACCCCCGCCGCGACUGGUCAGACAGCGACUCUGGCAUCUUCUCGGCUUCUGAUACUGCUGGAGAGGAGGAUGACGAUGAAGAGGAGGACCCUUCUGCCGAGUGGCGCAACGUUCAUCGUGCCAUCAAGAAUACCAUCGCUGAGCUCGGAGGCAAGGUCGUCCCCAAGCUGAACUGGUCCGCUCCCAAGGAUGCUACCUGGAUCGCCGCUACCAACAGUAUGGAGUGCAGACUUCCUAGCGACAUUUAUUUGUUGUUGAAGAGCUCCGACUUUGUCACCCACGACCUCGAACACGCCUACGACGAUUGCAUUGAAGACGUUUCUCCCGACGACGACACUCCGAAACAAAUAGCCGAUAUCCCAUACCAUCUUGUUCUGCGCAAGUUCUUCCAAAUGAACCCUUCGGUCGAGUUCAGGUGUUUUGUGAGGAACCGCAAGCUCAUUGCUCUCUGCCAACGAGAUCUAAAUCAUUUCGACUUCCUCUUCCGCAUGCAAGACAAGCUACGUCAUGUCAUUCACAACUUCUUCGAUGACAGACUCAAGCACACUUUCCCCGAUGACAACUUUGUCUUUGAUGUUUAUGUUCCUCCGCCACACGACCGCGUCUGGUUGAUCGACGUCAACCCUUGGGCAGUGAGGACAGACCCCUUGUUGUUCAGCUGGCUGGAGCUUUUGACAUUACCUGAGCCGCCGGAAGAGAAGGUCAUCCGCAUCCCUAUCAGACCCGUCAAUGGUACCGCUGAGAGUGAAGAGCAGUCCGACGCUCAAUCUACAGAUGCAAGAGAAGGAGAAGUCUCCGAGGGUAGGACAGACAUGGAGGAUUCUGACGAGGAAGAGGCAGACGAGGAAGAGGCAGACGAGGAGAUUUGGGUGCCAGAGUUCCGCUUGAUCAGAAAGGACGAUCCUGAGGCCUACAGCUUCAACACUCCUCAAUACAGCGCCCACAAACUACCACGAGAUGUUGUCGAUGCAAGUCAGGGCGGUCCUGGCGCAUUGAGAGAGUUUGCAGAUAACUGGAAAGAGAUGCUAGCGAAACAGCAACAGGAGGAUGCAGAG